AUGUUCGGCGAUUUUUGCUUGAACGACGCACGACGGCCGCCGUUGAAUACAGGACCUGUUAUGAAUUUUUCUGACCAAGGCACAGCAUCCUCGGGAAGCGAUCAUUACCAGGCCGCCCAGUCCCAGACCGCUCAGUAUGAUGACUUGUGCCAUGUCUGGAGGAAUUGGGAUGAAAGAGCGAACAGCCACCUCAUUUACGACGUCUCCAAACACAGUCUUAAACUCGACGCGAACUCAAACGAAAAGCAGGUCGCAGACAAGUGCUGUAAGGUGGUCGACGGACCACGACCACGGACAAGCAGCAGCGCACCGGGCGCAUCGGUAAACAGCGCUGCACCGGUACUAGACAGCGCUGCACCGGCAAACAACGCUGCACCGGCACGCAGCAGCACCAGAAACGAGAAGACGGAUUGCUGCUCCUGUAGUUAAGGUAGAUGCUGGGUGGACCACAGGCGUGACAGUAGCCGAAAUAAGGAGUAGCGGUCUUCUAGUUCUCGUCGCAAUUGAAUUUCCGGAACAAAGGCUGCGUAUUUAUCACUGACCACUAUCUUGCUGUUUCUUAUUCUUUCCGGUAUCCACAGCAGAGCAACGAACACCUCUCUGUUUUGCUCUUUUAGAAAAUUUUUCACGACCGCCCCUUCUGGAGCUACAAAAGCAGACAACUCUCGCGCCUGUGAAGUAGACGGUGACUCCUGGUGAAGAAUUUAUUUUGGAAAUUUUGUUUUGGUUUGUGAUAGAUGUUGCGAAUUAUUUCACGAGAUGUUGACUCUCUCCUGCAUUCUCCUGCAAGUUAAAGAGAAAUUUAAAAAGAAAAACGUUGAUCUUCAUAUUACAAACAAGAAUGGACAUCUAACCCCAGAGUUCCGUCUUGUCAAGUAGCCGGAGCCAAGGACUUGACGAGAAGUGUAAUUAUGCCUAUUUGAUCUUUUGCGUCAGUUCGACUUACAGCACUUCCACUACAACACUCUGUACAAAUUUUGACAUGAAUGGGCACUCUACGAGUUUGAUAUCCACCAGAGAAUA